ACGAAGUCCCACGGGUCUUCUAAAGAUGCCAAGAAGCUUCCAAUCUGAUUAUCAUCACACUCUGCAACCCCUUAGGAUCCUCCUUGUGUAGGACUUUGCGGCUCAACGCCACAUUCCACAAACAGCCGCUCCGAUUGUGAUUUCACUCUCUCCAGAACCUUGAAGUAGGCCAGCUUCUUGGCUGAGGGGCAGCUAUGUUUUUCUCCGGCUCUUCUUUUCCCCUGUGGUUCCUGCAGCUUCUGACCUUGCUGCCCGCCAGCCUCCGGUGCUGUCUACAGUGCGAUGGAAAGUUCAAGGAGAAUUUGGCUAAGCUCAGAACCGGGCUUGUUGAACGUCAGAUCCACGACACUCGCCUCAAAGCACGCGCCGAGGCACUGCUGAAGGGUCUCGAGGGAGGUUUUUUCUCACAUUACGCCACCAGCCAGUUUGCUGGCUUUGCAGUUAAGGCUACAGUAGAUAACCUGGUCAAAGAAGUGAGGUCCAGAACGGAAGAGCUGGCUCAAAGCUCCCUUAAAGACCAGGCUCUGCUGGAUGAACUGGUCAAAUUUCGGAAGGAAACGACCAUGAAGCUCAAGAAGGCAUUACAGGAACAUCAAAUCAAAGCAUGUGACAAAACAACUUGUGACUGGCUCCGAUACAGUGUUUUGGAUUGUGUAGGAUGUAAGGAUAUCAAUGCCGUUUGCUAUACGAUACAUCAAUGCUUUGUUGAUUCCCAGGACCGCCUGUCUCUUCUUUCUGGACCCAGUCUUGUGUGGACCCUAAUAUAAGCCAAAAGCGAAUUAAGCCAUGUUUGUCACCUGUGCAUGGGCGGAGUGCUAUUCGUAGUGAUCGUUGGCGUGAUUAUAAUAUACUGGAGAAACCGGCUGUAUCUGUAUGUUUAGCCAAGAGCUUUUCCCUUCCCGCUUCUAUGGACCAUCGGAUGGAGAAGAUCCUCUUUUCUGCUGUGAAGUGUGGGACCACACAACCUCACCACAACCAAACAUUGUCUAUACUCGACCUGUGUAGUCUGCUCUUCAUUUGCCUUCCCAUUACCAAAUGCCCCCAUAAUAAAUAUGGAUCCCA